AUGGCCACCACAACACCCCUCACCGGCGGCAAUAAUAGCACCAAGAGAUCUCACUCCGCCUCUCGCAACCCACUCUCUCGACCAACAACGCCUCUACGUCCCUCCUCGCGCUCCUCCCUCCGCGAUUCUGCGAGAAGGAGUACGGGCGGUUACUCCAGUGCUCCUUUGGAGGCAUUUGAGCCGGCUUUUGCAGAAUUGUCUGAUUCGAUGGCGGACUUGGAAGCUAAUUUUAUGCAUUUACAGUUGAUGCAUGAGAGUUUGGCUAGGUUUAGUGAGAACUUUGCUAGUUUUCUCUAUGGAUUGAAUAUGAAUGCUUUUUGUGUGGAUUUUCCUGAGGCGCCUAUUCAGGAUUCAUUUCGUAGAGCACAGGAGCAGGAAGAACAGUUAGGUCAGUUUCAUGGACGGAUAAGCAUUGAAGGCGUUACUGAUGGUUUCAUUAGGCAGGUCAACAAAUUCAGAAAGAUUUCGUGGUGA